CUGGGUUAGCUGCUGGCAACCCUACAAAAGAGAUGCAAGAAAUGAAUUAAGUCAUUCUGCUUUAGGUGCUUAGCAUGGGACUGAUAAAUGCUCACUCUGUUUUUCAGGAGGCGUUCACACGGUAUCAAAUCUGUGUUCUGGAUUUUCCUGGUGUUUCUUCCCCUACCCCCCUGUAAUGACCCAGCUCGAAAAGGCCUACCAUGAAGGCUAGGGGACCCUUCUGAGGUGUAGGACAACCCUGCCAUCUUGCUAGACACCUCCCAGUCUGCUGAGUUUACCUUAAACACCUAUUUACUUCUGAUCCAAAGCAAACCUUGUCUUUUUAAUGAUGUAAUGGACAAAAAUCGAGUAAGCACACUUAAAUUAACAAAUGCUUUCAAACUAAUUAAAUCAUCACUGAAUGGUCAGGUGAAUUUACCCUUCCCCCUCACCACCACAGAAGUUCAUGUCAUGCCACUGGUAUGAAUGGAAUAUCGCAAGAAGUUCGCACAAUACCUCCCAAGAUUGUGGAAAGCAUCAUACAGUUUUACCUGAAGAGCAAUUAUUGGAUAAUGCCGGGAGCCACUCAUUGACAGAAACUUCCAAACAGAAUGUUGGGCUCUGGGAAGGCGGCAGUUGGGACAGGUGAGCCAGAGCGGCUCAGUGAUGUGCUUUGUAUGUUGCCAAAUCUGGCAGCAACCUGUGGACUGCUUGUAUAUAAGUGUAAUAGAUGUCGAGUAAAAGGCCUCAGCAUCGGUUGGUGCCUUUGCACACAAAAACAAAGAAAGACACCAACGUGAAGAAAGGCCACAAAAUGGGUCUGGGUGCCUUUGCUGUGAUUCCUCCAAAUCCAGUGAGGAGGAAUCAGUUACAGAAAAUUGCUACCAAAGAGUUGGAAGACCUGGAGAAAUGGAAGGAAUGGCACAGGCCGGGGCUAAUUACCUUGACACCCCAGAAACUGGGUGGAAGAAUAUCGGAGGCCGAAGUGAGGCGGAAACAGCAACUUGAGCACAUCCAAUCUAAAUACCAGCAAAAGCUGAAGAAAGAAGAAUAUGAAAGACGCAAAAGAGAAGCUGAAGAAGCUGACAUUUUAAAAAUGAAAAUGAUCCAGAGAGAGAAAGCCAACAAGCUUGAAGAAAAACAAAGGCAACAAGAAUGGCAAAGACAUCGGAUGUUUGCUGAAGACCACUGCUUAAAAAACACUGAAUUGUUGCACAGAUUGGAUGCAAGACCAUUCAACAGAACACCUCGUCCAAUGAACCACCAUAACCUCCAGCCUACAGCCUGGACCAGGAGCCAGUCAUACAAGCAAAUCCAAAGAGAAGAAGAAAACAGAAAACUUCAGCAGAUGAAGGAAGAGCAGCGAAGAAAGGCUGAAUUGUUGGAACUUAAGAAAAGGGAAGAGGAGAGAAUAAGAAUGAAAGCGCAUCAGAAUGAGCAGAGGAGGGUGAAUAAUGACUUUCUGGACAGACUACAAAACAAUAGUCAGCCAGGUGGCGUGUACCAAUCUGGAUGUCUUGGGAAUAUGCCUUUUAUUGCUGACAGCUGGCCUGAACAUUUCCAGUAAAAAUUGAUCUACAGAACCCAAACUACAGAGGGAUUCCAGACAUAUUAUCUUGGAAAAAGCUUCAGGGAUCUAUUCUUCCUCUGCCUGCACAUCUCUCAUCGCCUUUUUUUUUUUUUUUUUUAGCCUUGCUGGUUUGACCUGCUGUCUUUCCUCUCCAGCUUAUGAGUAUUUCAAGCUAUUGAUUAUGGUGCUGCUAUUAAAUCUCAAAGAAAUUGUUUCUCUCACAGCUUGUCUUGCUUGUUGUGGCAGUUUUUCAUCUCUCAGAAGUUUUAUGUCCAUUUACUCUUGACUAGCACACCAUCUGAGCUGCAGAAACCUGGCAGUUCCGACAUGUGUGUACAUGCUCAUUUUUAAUGUUCCAGAGAGAAAAAGUAAUUUUUUAUACUGUGUGUUGUAACUGGUUUUAAUUCAAAACUCCUCUAAUGUGCAAAUGCAUAAUAAAAUAUUACAUAAAUAAA